CCCCCAGGCAGUGCACAAAACUAUAGAAAGAGACGCGUCGCUUAACAACAACAAGAGGCACUUCCCAACACUAGCGACGCUUUUCGGAGAAAGCAGGAUCCAGAGAUAGCGUUUGGCUUUUCACUGGCAGCUUCACCUUAGAACCAAACCAGGAUGUCUACAAUUGUCAGGAUAUCAGGAAAGCCCAUACUGCUGGCCGUUUGCCUAAGUUUUAUACUAACAGGUGUUAGUGCUCAGAGUACCACACCCAGAGUUGCUGUUGUCAGUCCUGUGGUCGACGGGCAGCAAUCUAGUGCAGUACCACAAACUCCAGCUGCAGGUGCUGCUUCUACAGCUCAGGCUACAGAAGCACCACCGGGCGCCACCACUUUACCACCGGCAGCUGCAAACGUCACCAAUCCUCCGGCCACAACGGCCCCCGACGAUAGAGUAUGCAGGUCUAACCCCAACCCCAUGCCUGGCGAGUUUGUGAUGCAGUGUGAGGCUGACGGCAGCUUCAGCACUAAACAGUGUCAUGGCUCGACUGGUCUCUGCUACUGUGCACAUCCACAAAAAGGAACCAUCUACCAGGAGACGGCCAGGAGGGGAGAGAUGGAACACGACUGCGCAACCUACUGGCAGACCAAAGGGUGUAAGACAAGUGCCUUCCCCAUGCCUGGCGAGUUUGUGAUGCAGUGUGAGGCCGACGGCAGCUUCAGCACCAAACAGUGCCACGGCUCGACCGGCCUCUGCUACUGUGCACAUCCACAGGACGGAACAAUCUACCAGGAGACCGCCAAGAGGGGCGAGAUGGCACACGACUGCUCGACAUACUGGAAGACCAAAGGUACAGGUGGCUCUGUUCUAGACAUCGUGAGGGGACAGAACACCGGGGCGGUGGUGGUGGCAGCCAUCGCCUGUAUCCUCAUGCUGGGGAUCAUCGUCUUCGUCAUCUACGGGGAGGCAAGAGGGAUCAACAUACCGUUCAUGAGAACCGAGCUUUAG